AUGCUCUCUCGUCCCGAUCAACGGCGUUUACCCGCCCUCCGGUUUGGGACCUCAUAUAUAAGGUUCCCAUCAUCCCACCUUCAGGUUACAUUCUCCUAUUGUUUGGAUAUUUGCGAUUACUAUGCUAUGACCGGCCAACUGGACAACCAUCCUGAAUGUAAACGAGGAAUGCCUGAACCUUCAACUACACCAAAACCAGUUCGGAUUGAGUUCUGCUCAAGGUAAGU